CGAGUCCGAGACGCAAAAAAUAAAACAUAGUGAAACCGAGAUGGGGUGUGUGUGGAUGAUGAGGCAUCUGCUCCAUUCGAACCCUUCGAUGGCCUCUCUUUCCCCUCCUUUGCACCAAUCCCCCCUCUCCUUCUCAUCUCCCAAACCACAACUCUCUCUCAUUUCCCUCGUCUUCUCCCUCCCCCGUCGCUCGCUUUCGACUGUCGCUUCUUCUCCUCCGACCCCUCACGUUUCCGUCCACCAUAAUUCCUCUCAAUACGGAUAUGCUGGUGGAAUUGGAGUUUCGGGAGAUGGCUCCAAGGUGCUUCUUAAGGGGAUGAAAUACUCUGAGCUCGAAAAUUGGGUUCAGUUACAAGGAUACAGACCUGGUCAGGCUCUAAUGCUAUGGAAGCGCCUUUAUGGAAAUAACAUUUGGGCACAUCACAGUGAUGAGUUGGAAGGUUUGAACAAAGAUUUCAAGAAAAUGUUGUGUGAAAAUGCUGAAUUCAAGGCUUUAUCUUUGAAAGAAAUUCUCACAGCAUGUGAUGGAACUAGGAAGAUAUUAUUUAAAUUGGAAGAUGACCUGGUAAUAGAGACAGUUGUCAUACCUUGUGAGGGCAGGACUACUGUUUGUGUCUCCAGUCAAGUGGGUUGCGCCAUGAAUUGUCAAUUUUGCUACACUGGCAGGAUGGGUUUAAAGAGACAUUUAACUGCAGCUGAGAUAGUAGAGCAAGCUGUAUUUGCCCGGCGUCUACUCACGAGUGAAGUUGGUUCCAUUACCAAUGUUGUAUUUAUGGGAAUGGGAGAACCACUUCACAACAUUGACAAUGUCAUAAAAGCUGCAGAAAUUAUGGUGCAUGAUCAAGGCCUUUAUUUCAGUCCUCGCAAGGUCACUGUCUCAACCAGUGGGCUUGUUCCUCAGCUGAGGCGUUUUCUUCGUGAAUCCAAUUGUGCUUUAGCUGUUAGCUUGAAUGCAACAACUGAUGAGGUCAGAAACUGGAUAAUGCCAAUUAACCGCAAAUAUAAAUUAGGCUUGCUUCUUCAGACUCUUCGGGAGGAACUUCGCUUGAAGCAUAAUUACAAAGUUCUCUUUGAAUAUGUAAUGCUUUCAGGAGUGAAUGACAGCAUUGAGGAUGCCAAGAGGCUUAUUGAUCUUGUUCAGGACAUUCCAUGCAAGAUCAAUCUUAUAUCAUUCAAUCCUCAUACUGGAUCCCAGUUUCGACCAACCAGUGAGGCAAAGAUGAUUGAGUUUCGAAAUGUUUUGGCUGAAGCAGGGUGCAUUGUUUUCUUGCGACUUAGUAGAGGUGAUGAUCAGAUGGCUGCCUGUGGUCAGCUUGGCAAGCCUGGUGCAAUCAAGGCUCCUUUGCUCCGUGUACCAGACCAAUUUCAAAUGGCAGUGAAUAUGUGAAUGCGAUUUAUUUUCGAGAAUGUGAUGAUGAGUUGUGCCAAAUUGGUGCAAGUGCAAGUAGUGCAAAAAAAAAAAGAAAGAUGAUGCUGAAGGAUCUACAUAUGCAUUUGGUAACAAAAAAAAAUGGUAUUUUCUGAUACCUUGGACUUGUUUGUGUAGCAGAAUAAUAUGGAGCUGAGCUUGAGUGUUUGACCUCUAUGAAAUAUGAUUUUUUCCUUUUAGUA